ACAAAGUACGCUUACUAAGCAAAUAUUCGAUUCAUACGCAACUUUUAAUGAUGCGUCGAGCAUAUAACCUACAGCUUGACCUUUUGUAGAUUCGUAUCAUUCCAUGGUUUGUUAUGAACCUUUAAUCAGCACCAUGCUUUCAAAUUAACUGUUAACAACAGCAGGAGGAUUAACAGCUUUAGAUUACUUUUAAAAACCGUAUUUUUGCCGUAUACUAGUCAAGUUUUAUUAAAAGACACACACAAAAAUUCAGAUUUAUUACAAUUUUAAAUUAAUUCCUAAACGUACGUGACUUUCACCAAUUUGAACAUGGCUGAACCAAAUCCCUACGAUUACCUACUCAAAAAGGUCAUUAUUAGCGGAAAGGAGUAUAAUUACUACGACAUAGCCUCCUUGGGUGAGAAAUACAAACGACUACCCUAUUCGAUACGUAUCCUCUUAGAGUCGGCCGUACGUAACUGUGAUAACUUUCAAGUAACGCAAAAGGAUGUUGAGAGUAUCCUCAACUGGGAACACAACCAACGGGACGAAAAUGGUAUCGAGGUCGCGUUUAAACCGGCUCGUGUUAUUUUACAGGAUUUCACGGGCGUACCUGCGGUCGUCGAUUUUGCGGCGAUGCGAGAUGCGGUCAAGAGACUGGGGGGUGAUCCCCAAAAAAUUAAUCCCAUCUGUCCGGCCGAUUUAGUUAUUGAUCAUUCGGUGCAGGUCGAUUUUGUGCGAUCGGCGGAUGCGUUACAGAAAAAUCAGGAUUUGGAGUUUGAACGCAACAAAGAGAGGUUUAUGUUUUUGAAGUGGGGAGCGAAGGCGUUCGACAAUAUGUUAAUCGUCCCGCCCGGCAGCGGAAUAGUCCACCAGGUCAAUUUGGAAUAUCUCGCUCGCGUCGUAUUUUCCGACAAAAACUCGAUGUUGUACCCCGAUACCGUCGUCGGCACAGACUCCCACACGACCAUGAUUAACGGAUUGGGAGUACUCGGAUGGGGGGUCGGUGGAAUUGAAGCUGAAGCCGUUAUGCUCGGGCAGGCCAUCAGUAUGCUCUUGCCUCAGGUCGUCGGUUACUACUUGCACGGGUCGUUAGGCCCGUACGUCACAUCAACGGAUCUAGUCUUAACAAUCACAAAGAAUUUGCGUCAAUUGGGAGUCGUGGGGAAGUUUGUCGAAUUUUACGGGCCAGGUGUCGCAGCUCUGUCCAUAGCGGAUCGUGCGACAAUUGCCAACAUGUGUCCGGAGUAUGGUGCUACAGUCGGCUUUUUCCCAGUUGACACGUAUUCGUUAGAUUAUUUAAUACAAACAAAUCGUUCCAAUCAACAGAUCGAAAUGAUCAAAACAUAUCUAAGUGCUACCGGUCAAUUGCGCGACUACGAAUCUGGAGAGGAACCUGUAUUCAGCGAAAGCGUGUCCUUGGAUUUGGCAACGGUGGUGUCAUCUGUGAGUGGACCGAAACGACCAAACGAUCGGGUUUCGGUAACCGACAUGAAAGUCGAUUUCGCAAACUGUUUAAGAAAUAAGUUCCUGAUCCACACAGCAUCCUGUUCCUUUUGACCUAGAUGCCUGAAAACCAAUCCUA